GAAAAGCGCGAAAGACUACAAGAGAGGAGGGAUCAGCUAGAAGAGAUCAGGUGGGAACCGUACAGCCAGAAUGGCAGCAGGCUCAGAAUCAAAGCUCCAGCUGGUCCACAGACACAUCCGAGCUUUUCCAGAUUUUCCGAAGAAAGGCAUCUUGUUCAGAGAUAUUUGUCCCAUCCUGAAGGAUGCAGCUGCUCUCACAGCAGUAAUUGACUUGUUCGAAGAACAUGUGAGGAACAAUCAUCAGCAGGUGGAUCUGAUUGUAGGCUUGGAUGCUCGUGGUUUUCUAUUUGGGCCUCUGCUUGCCCAGAGACUGGGUAUUGGUUUUGUCCUGAUCAGAAAAAAAGGUAAACUGCCUGGAGCCACUGUGUCUGUGUCUUACGAUUUGGAGUAUGGCAAGGCAGAAGCAGAAGUCCAGGAGGAUGCAGUGGCUGCUGGACAGAAGGUUUUGCUCAUUGAUGACCUUCUAGCUACUGGAGGAACAUUGUAUGCGGCCUGUGAGCUGAUGAAGAAGCUGCAGGCUGAGGUUCUGGGCUGCAUGGUAGUCAUUGAGCUCAAAGAGCUGAACGGCAUCGACAAACUGAAAACACAUAAUGUGUUUUCUCUGGUUCAGUACUGAGGACUGUUGGAGACACCACAAUCUGGACAAGUCAAGUGCAUGACACAACACAACAAGAAACCUCUCCAACUCAUACAGUUUUACAGUUCCUCUCAUUUCAGUCAUGCAUUUUUUUCUCAGUUUCAUUCAGUGCUGAAAUCUAAAAUGUUUUGUCGUUAGUCCAUGAUAUGUUAAUUUUUUGGUUGCAUGCCUAAAGCCUCACUAAGCUUAAGACAGAAAGACAGCUUCAUUCUCACAGAUCCUUAAGGGUUCUUAGCAUUUGUCAAAUAAGCUCUAGAGGUUGCAUGGAGGGAACAUGUUAUCUGUGACUCACUGACUAUGUCCGUACUUUUUAGCAGUUUUUGUUUUAUUGUAUUUUCCUCUUCAUCUGUAUGUAGUUUAUUCAGUAAGGAGGUGCCAUAUUCAUUUAACAUUGAGAAUAGGAAUGUGAUUUAAGAGGUUAAGCUAUGCGAUGCUAACAAUGUGAUGCAACAGUUAGCUAGCUGUAAUGCAUUACUCUGAAUGACAGGCAUGAGUAUUUACAAAAGUAUUCAAAAAAACUGUAGCCAAGUUGUGACUUAGCUGUAUUCAGUGUAUUUCCUUUCUUUUGGAGAAUUCAAAGGGUCUUAAGUGUUAAUGUUUGAACACUGAUUGAUGGAAAUUUGAAACAUUGCUCAUUACUCCGAGGGGAAGUUCUUAAUAAUGACCCUUACUGACUACUUUUCACGGCUGGUGGAGAAAAAUGUCAUUUAUUGCAAUAAGAGGCCAAAUGAAUAAUAAGUGAAGGCGAAGGAAGUAACACUUAACACUCAGGUUUAUUUAUGUGGAGACUUAAGUGGUAAUUCAACCAGAUUGUUCCAUUUAAAGUUGUACUGUUGAGAUGUGACCAUGUGAGCACUGCUGUCUGAGGCAGGAUGUAAGAUUUUCUGCACUUGUACAAUUUUUGUUUUUGUAUUUAAACCUCAAACAAGAUUAUAAAUCUAUGCAUAAAAGUACAUUGUCUGACUGAUGUGAUUUUAAAGGGAAUCUGCCAUUUGUAUUCAUAUACAACAAAUUUAUCUACCGCACAGUACAGUGUUUUUAAAAUGGAAAUAUUCUCACACUCUUACAAAAAGAGAAAGUUGUAAGAAAUAAAACACGCUAAGUUUUUGCUGAGA